AUGGAGGAGGAUGGGACGUUCUUCGACAAAGAGCGCGACCGUCUGACCGCCGAGAUCAGCAGCGGCUUCGAGGAGCUGCUGUCCUCGAGCAACAACCUCAACAGAAAGCUCGAGGAGGUGCUCGGCAUGACACGGGAGUACGAGACAAUCGCUGCGCUAUGGCAGAGCUUCCACGAGCUCAUGCGGGGCCACCAAGACGAGGGCGAGGCUGCUGCGGAGGCCGAGCCACACGGGCUCCCGGGGACGGGUGGACACGUUCUCGCGGCGUCGAAGUCGGGGAACGGGGGGACGGACCAACAACAACAGGGGUCAUAA